AGUGGACAAAACAGCAACUACAUCCGGGUAAGAUUUGUGUGACCUUGGUUGGGUAAUCGUCAUGGCGGCCAUCGUCAGGAUAAGUUCAGUCUGCCACAGAGGUGGCAAACUUUUGUUUUAUCGCAGCUCUCUGCUUGCACGACCCUUGGUCACACAGCAAAAGGACCAAGACCGGUCCUACCCGUUGACGGCUAGGAUUCAUGGAUCCUCAUCUCUCCGUGCCGGCUCGGUGUCCAAAGCUGCCUCCCUGCAUUGGACAGGAGAGCGUGUGGUGAGCGUACUGCUGCUGGCCUUGGGGCCUGCUGCCUACUACUUCCCCGGACCUGCUGUUGACUACUCACUGGCUGCUGCCCUCACCCUGCAUGGGCACUGGGGGAUUGGACAAGUCUUAACGGACUAUGUUCAUGGAGAACCGAAGAUCAAGAUGGCCAACGCAGGCCUCUUCCUGUUGUCGACUGUCACCUUUGCCGGUCUCUGCUACUUCAACUACAACGAUGUAGGCAUUUGUAAAGCGGUGGCCCUAUUAUGGAGCAAAUGAAUGGACUGAGGUUUGGGAUGGGGGGCGUGGGCACUGGGACAUCGGCCAUCUUGUUCUGGUAUGAUUGUAAACAUUCAAGGGAUUAUGUACAUUUCUAUAAAUAUAUAAUUUCACAAGUGUUGUAAUUCAUGUUGAGGUUUGUGUUGUGCUUCAACAGGCCUGUUAAUGAUCUGCUCCUGUUGAUUUAUGAUGUGGACUAAACUAAAUAUAAGUUGUCCUGCUGACCCCAAUCAAACAUGCACACACAGUGUAUGCUGCCGUUUAGUGAAAUGUUAUACGGUUAACUUCUACCUGGGGCCUGUUAGAGGGUGCAAUUUUGCAGAAUGCUCACUCCUGUUAUCAAACUGCUAUAUUCCAAACACUUUGUGUAAUGCUUAUGAGGAAGUAUCCAGUGAUUUACAUAUGUCCUUAAUUUCAGAUCUACAAUGGCAAAUUACUUAAUCCCUUCUGUAAUAAAUUAAUUUAGUACAGAAGAGAUUAUGUAGACAUUGCAUUCUUAUUUGUGGUAUUUUUUGUGUCCGUCACCAAUCUGUAAAUACCAGCUAGUGCCCUUCAAGACCAUUGCAGUCAGCUUAGUGCCACACAUUUAGUCUGUUUGACCUUGCAGUCUGAUUUGAUUGACAAGAGCAAAUGGGUGUGACCACUAGCAGUAUUUAAACCCCAUAGCCAUACUGUUCUGGACUUUAUGGGUCUGUUCAGAAGGGGUGUGAUGUUAGAAAACGUUCUGAUAGAUAUGCAUUUUGUAGAAUGUUUGUCAUGCAGAAUUGGGCAUCACCACAGCUCUAUUCAUGACAUUUCUAACUGCAACGUUCUAAACAUUUCACCUCACUGAGCACAGCCCAGGUUGAGCAUGUAGAAAAGUAGGCAUACUGAUCUGUACACCAUUGCGCUUCCACUUGUACCAACCUUGUUUGUUGUCAGUCAAAUGACAAUAUCCUGGUUUUAUAGUAAUGUGCAUAAUUUACUUACACAGCUGUGCCUGGCAUCACUCUUGCUUAGUGUAUAAAUGUUAUGUUGGCAGGAAUUAAAUUUUCCAUUUAUCUGAUCAUUUGUAUGUAUGAACAGUUGCUAAGCGUCAACAAGUCAGGUACAGCUGGCAUCAAAUAUGAAGUUAAGUCAUGAGUGCAUGCACUUGGUCAAAAUGGCAUCGUUUUAUUUUGUACUAUUGGGAGUGUCGGCUGAAACAAGUAGAAGUUGUCCUGGUUAAACAGCCAAGAAACAUGAAGGUCUUGGUCCUACUACUACACAUGUCUGAAAGCUCAAAUGGCUUUGGAAAAUCAACUGUUUUGUCUUAUUAGGUCUCAAUUUAUACAUGUCACCAAUCCGUUUGGUCAGAUUGUUACGCACAAAUUAGCUUUGGGAAGAAUGCACCUUAAACCUCUUCAGAAUAAAGUGGAUAUUAUGGAUUGUGUUUGACAAGAUUACAGAUUUCUGUUUAUGUAUUGAGUGGAUGGUGAACUACACACAUGUAGAACGUGUCUGUGUGUGAGGAAGUAUUCUGAUGAAUUAACAUUUCUUAUUAGUAAUUUGAACGAUGUGUACACCGACUUAAAGUACUGCAGAUAUUAGUGUAAUCAUUAAACUAAGCAAUCAUAAGCUAUUUAUAAUGGGUAUUUAAGCAUUAACAAGAAUGGUCCCUCAUUGUAAAAAUAACUUUCUAUGCAUUGCUGAUGAGUUCAGUUGCUUAACAAAAGUACCAUAAACUGUGUCAUAUUCCAGGAUUUUGUAAAUCCAUAUAAAACACUCAGUCCUCAGGGAGCUGACUAACUUCAUGAGCUCUGCAUCUGGUCCAGCCUCAAAGCUCAAGUAGCACGGACCAGACCUGACUGAAAUCUGCAGUUAGUUGUACCAAGAAUUAGUUCCAUGAACAGCACAGCCUCAUGUGAACAGCCAAAGAUUGCUGCUGGAGGAAAAUAGGGAAUUUUUUUUUGGUCAUCUUUGUCUUGUCAGUGUGAAGUGUGUUUGUGCAAACAACUGCUAUGAAGGUACCGUAAUUAUCACACCUGGGUCAUGUUCAAUUGGGAGAAACUUUGAAAUGGUCUUGUCUCAUAAGGGAAACUGAUGUUUUUUCUUGAACUGCUGAACCCAACUCAGUUGUCAACCCAAAGGCUAAAGAAACGUUUCAGUGUGUGUUUGUUGCUUUGUGGGAAGUUCAGCUGGACAAUAAAGCCAUACAUUACAUGUAA